GUUUUUCACUUUUCACUGUUUUCACGUUGCAGUUUGCAAGUUCAUUAUUUCAGUGAUAUUUAGUUUAUUUUCUAAGUAUUGGUUGCGUUUAUAAAAGAAAACAUUGUAAGCUAAAGUAGCUCCGAUAAUAUACACUCUUCCGUUUCAAUCUGGUGAAAGUUCAAUUGUUUACCUAAACAGUUUGGUCUAUUUUCCCCUCAAAAGCCUAGGUACUGGGCUUAAGAGCUUCUGUCCGUUCCUACACUUAUGUGUAAAAAGUUGCACAGGUCUUUUUAUCUUAAGUUGAAUUGUGAAAGUAUUGCAAAUCUCAACCAUGCGCGAAGAAAUAUCAGCAGCAGUUAUAUUUUUAGCUCGAUUGUUAGAGAAAGGCGAAAACUUUAACCCAAGGCAGUUGGAAGAGUUUAAGGCACGUCUUUCAGAACUCUUAAUAGAACGCUUUGAAAAUCAUUGGUUCCCUGACUUACCUCAAAAAGGGCAAGGUUAUCGUUGUAUUCGAGUCAAUGAACAUUCUAGGCAUGACGUAUCUUUGGAGAAGGCUGCUAGGGCUUGUGGGAUAAAGUAUGAAGACAUGAAGCUACCGGUUGAACUCACCAUAUGGGUUGAUCCAAAUGAAGUUUGUUGCAGGUUUGGCGAGAACAAAGGUUCGUACUGUACAUUGGCGUCAUUUAAUGACAAAGAGAACCUGAUUGAGGUGAGUGAAGAGAUCAAGGAGUUGUUGGACGGAGAUAUAAAAGACAUUGUGACACCAAGUGAGAAACCGGAGUCACCGGUGCCGACAGAGCCCAAAGUAGAGGACAAGGAGGAGAAGAAGACUGUGGAGACUGUCACAGCCGAGACUCCUGUCAAAGACACCAAGCCACAGACAACUCCGUUGGCGACCAACAACUCACGUCAGUCUCAGCAACAUCAUCAGCAUCACCACAAUAACAACCGCAAGUGGGUGCAGACCAGUCCUAAACAGAAGUCUGGUGUGAGGCGGGGUGGUUACCCUCCACACCCCCACCACGCUCCAUGGUACAACAUCAUCUCUCCUCACUGGAUGUCUCCUUCCCCCCCGCCGUACCAUCCUAUGUUGCGUCGUCAGGGAGCCCCGCUGCCACCCCACCCUCGCUACCAUUGGCCCAACAAGUCUAUGCUCAAGGUUUAAUCUCUACUAUUCGACAUAUAAGUGUACACCUCUUUAAAAUCACCGUGUCUUCAGGAAUGAGUUUUGAUAGUUUUGCCUCCUCUCUUAUUUAGAUUUGUGGAAAUCAUUAUGCUUUUCUUUUCAGUGUUUACGUAUUAAUAAACAGAAAAAUGUGAUUUUAAAGAGCAUUUUUAGCUGUAGGCAAAUAGGAUUAACUCACUGCCAGCGAGAUAACAUUUAAGGUCGUCUGCAAUGCUUUUCCAUUCUUUGUCAUCCCCCCCCUGAUUGUACAUAGUAGUUUAGGGUUCGUACUUACGGCAGUAGUUGUUUCUUAGGCAUUUCGUGACUGCACAAAAUUGUGUGAUAACCUCAAGAGUAGUGCCACUAGAAUCGAGAUGAAGCUUAAUGUUAAUAUGAUACCUGUGAUAAUUUUUCUCUCAUACUCUUUUUAGAUACAAGUCCUAUUUUCCCUUUCAGCAUCCUGUUUUACUACUAAUGGGGUUGAUAAAAAUGCUAGUUACUACUUUUGCAGUUACAAUCGGUUUUUAAUGUUCAGCGCAAUAUAUUUCAGAUGUAUAAAACUGUUUUGCUCAAAGUUAGAUAAAAACACACAGGCUGGAGUGUUACCUAGAUACUGUAAGAAGUUUGCUGGGUAGAAGAACAUUUGGAGUUAGAUAAAACAUCGUUAGUACCCUAAGAAACUUUAGUAAAAUUCCUUACGCAAUAUUUUAUAAAAUAUUAUUUAAUCAUCAUAAAUCAUCAAUUUAGGUAUAUCAUACCUACAAAUGUGUUGCUAGUAUUUAGUGGAUUCCAUAGCAUAUGCAUUGAUGUUAAGGUUUAAUUUGAUCAUUCGUUCUCAAAUAAUCAGGAAAUAAUGUUAUUUACUCUUCAUUUAAGAAUUGUUGUUCUGAUUUUUUAUGUUAUAUCCUUAUUGUGUUAAUAAAUAAGUAAUUACCUAGUACUUGUAUCAGUAAACAGGACUUGAUCUCUAGUAGUGUUCUUUGUUAGCGUUUCUUGACUAUUGCAGAUGGAACCUAUUUGCCUACGACUCAUUCCAUCCACGUCGCUUAUUAUUGCUAUGUACUCGUGUUUCUAGUUGCAAGGCUUAAGCUACGAAUUUGUGAAAUUCCCAUUUUUCUGCAAUGCAAUGUAACAUAGAAGAUGGUGUUAUCCUGAUUUAGAUUAUACAAUAAAUGUGCAUUUACCUGCAGAUGAAAUUGAUGUUUCUGAAAUUUUUGUCUUAAAUUUAGUCAACUCUAUUUGAGUCCUAUUUGUUGUAAAGGAAAUUAGCCUAAAUUGCUUCUUUAGUCGUUUUAAGAAUUUUAGUUAUGUAUGAUUUAUGGUAUUAUUGGAUUUUGUUAUGUUCACAUAGUUUUUAUAGUUGUUUUGGUAGUAAGAUUUAUCUUAACUUUUUAAUGGAUAAUGUUCAAUUUUGCUGAGUUUGAUAUUGUUUAUGGAUUUGGGUUUAUGUUGGCAUGUUAGUCAAUUUAGCUGUUCUACAUUCAUUAUCUAAGGUUUACAUCAACACCUCAACUUGGGUUGGAUUUUUUGUUUCCCUUAAUAUUACUUUUUGCGCAAUAUUUUAUUUUAGUUUGUUAAGAUAAAAAAGUUCUUAAAAGUUUUGAUCUCAUUUUUAAAAGUUUAAAUCAGUGGAAUUGCUUUUGCUAUAUGAUCACCUUAAGUUGGGACAAAGAUGUAAACUGCCUCUUGGAAGAACUAUUUGCUAGAACUCAGAACCAAUUGUAAAUAGGUUUUAACAUGUAAAAUAGUAAAAUAUUUGUUAAUAAUGUCCAUUUAAAAAUCAAAUGUGUCCUUGGAUUUUAAAUAAAUAUAAGUUGUACUGAUUUCUUGCUGUAAAUAAAUUGUUUGGCCAAAAGAUAUACAAGAUGUCUAUAAACUGGAUGGAUUGAUCUGAAAGAAAAAUUUGUUUAAGGUCAUGUUGUGAUGAGGUAUUCUGUUAAAUUGAUGGUUGAGUUUGGGAGUUUUGUUUGUUUUCUUGCUGUUAAAUUUGGUCGAUAUCUAUUUUUAUAACUUAAUUCAGGAAUUUUUAUGUUUCCCAAUUAAAAAAAUAUAUUCAUUUUGUAAAUAAUAUAGCCUAUUUUUAAGAUGACUAGAGGUUACCGUUUGGUUGAAAACUCUUUUUUAUUUAUAAUUUUUAUAGGAUAGUUUUAAUAAAAGUUUGAUGUGUGGUGAUUGUUUGUUAAUAUUUUUAUUUCAGGCUGAAAACUUUUGAUAGCAAACAAACGCUUUAAACUCAAAACUAUGCUGUUGAGCAGAAUUGAUGGUCAUGCUGCGGUAGAAUUCUUUAUUAGCCAUUGACAUUGUAUAUAAUAUGUGUCAGCAAUGGUCAAUGAACCAACAGUUAAUAGCAAACAAGUCACAAAAACAGCACAAAUAAACUUACUAAAACACAAUGUUCUUUUCUUUAAGAAAAUCUUGAAUCGAAUAGAAGGGAUUUUAGAAGAAAAAAAUGGAAUCAUUUCAUUUAUUUACAGAUUCGCCUAACACACUUAGAUACAUUACAUAAAUCACAGAGAAAAUAUGAAACUUAUUUUUGGAACUAACAAAGUUAACAAAGGACAAAAAUAAGCACCUGUGCAAAACAACAAGAACAUGGAAAAAUCAUAAAUCUCUCGUAGUAUUAGAGAUUUUGUAAAAUAAUUUCAAAGUUUCAAACAUGAUCUUAGUGUUUUAAGUUACAAAUGAUGUAUUUCAUGAUUUUAAAUUAAAUUAUUUAUCUCCAAUUUGACUAUACUCACUGUAUGUAAAAGUAAUUUAAAAAAAAAGGGAAAUUUCUAUGAAAAACGUAAAGUCUAAAGUGUGUGUACCCUUUCUGGAGUAAUUGAAGUGGCUCCCUUUUAAUAGGCUUAAAUAGCUCACUUUUUAUUUAAGACCAAUUAAAUUUACUUAUUCUGCAAUGCUACUUUGAUCAAAAUGUUGUAGACAUAAAGAAUUAAACCUUUGAUAAAUUGGCAAUGAUUUUCACAGAGGCGCAACCUAUUGUACAAAUCCAUCCAGUGUAUAGACAUUGGAUACAAUAUAGCUUUUACAAGUUUUAAAUUUCACCAUAUUAUUAUUUGUGGUAUAAAUAUUGUAUAAACAAUAUUAUUGUAUGUUAAGAUUACGUAUACUUUGAUUGCAUCAUUAUGAUGGUUUUUAAUAUAUUGGUAUAUUGUAUGAUGAGUUUUCUUGUCUCGUCACAAAGUAUUAUUUUCUCGUCUGAGCGUUGAACGCAGACACAGUGUUGCUUAUUGACAUAACAUAAUGUAAGUUUUGUUUUCCGCAGAGGUUUGUCAUUUUAAAUGAUAAUAGUUGGCUUUGCUGUUCAAUGUGAAUAAAACAAAUUUAGAGGGGGUUGAAAAACAUAUACUUCUUUGUUAUUGCUGUUUCAAGUUGAAAAUUACAUACUUUUUUUAUUUAGGAUCGAAUACCAAGCUAAAUUUUGUCACUCAUAAAGAUGCUCUUUACGAGACAAUUUCAACUGUAACGUUAAAAAAUUAUGUGUAGCCGAGGCUAGAAAAUGAGCGAGUAGAAAAGGCUUUGGUUGUGUGACGAACUAUAUUUUUUCCAUACUGCAUCAUUCUUUCAGCUAUCUAAUUCACAACUAAUUUUGUUAAGGUUCAUGUUUUUUAUAAACUAGUUUCCUAAUCAAACACUUUUGUUAUGCUGCAUAAACAAACAGAAUCUGAUGUUCACAAUUCAUUCAGUUAUUUGCCCUGUUUUGAUGGUUUGAAAAAUUAUCAAAUGAACACAAAUUUAUUUGAAUGUCAAUAUGAUAACACAUUUAUAAUCGAAAGUAUUUUCUUUAUCAAAAUCAGUUUAGACAAAGUUUACAAAUGAGGAAAAAUGUACAUCUGAUUUCCUGGACUCCAGCCAUAGCCUCCUCUGAUACAGGGCCGCGGUGAGACACAAGUGGCAAUGCUGCAGAUCCGGCAUACUGAAACAGCUGUUAUAUUAAUUCAUAAUGGAGCGAUACACAAUGUUUUUGUUUACAAGUUUGUUAUUACCAUGGCGAUAGGCAUGCUGGUGCGUUGCCACACACGAACGCGCAGCUAUGUAUUAGAGGAGGCUAUGCUUCAGCCAAUUAUUUUGCACCAUCACAUGAGUUAAAAACAGCUGUUUUGCAGUAUGACAAAACUAAUUUUAAAUAAUAAUAACUUACCUUGUACUUAUGCUAAUAACAUGGGAAGGGAUUAAAAUACACAGUUAUUACGUUUCUAUCCCCUCAAAACACACAUACAGGUCAAAAUUAAAUUAAAACUAACAUUUAAAGGCAUAACUCCUUUACACUUUAAUUAGGAUCUGAAAUGUGUUGAUUUGAAAAAAAUAUAAAUAAUUUUACUAAAUGCCAUGUAAUUAAAUUUCUGAAAGGUAACUUACAUUAUGACCUUAAGGAUUACUUGUUUUUAAGUUAAAACCUUUUAUUUAUAAAAAAAAAUCAUUUUUAUACGUUAAAUGUAGUAUAGAUUUUUAAUAGUGUCUCAAGAACACUUUAAAAUAGUUUGAUUUCGAAGUUAUCGUAGAUUUUUGUAUUUUUAACCUAACACAAUUUAAUUCGUUUUUAAAUAUUUUAAGAAAUUGUUUUAUUUUUUCCUUUUUGAACAUGUUUCUUAUAAAAAAUAAGUAAAAGUUUUGUUUGACAGAGUUGCUAACAAGACCCAUGUGCUACAAACCUCUGCGGAAACGAUAAAAAUAUUUAUCUCACAUGCACUUUCCGCAAUUUUGGAUUGUUGUGGUGAUGCUGCCACUUUCUUGACCACUUCCUUACUGCAAUUCCAUAUUAUUAUGCAUGGCUCUUUUAAUUUGCUUUUACAAAGGUGUAUAAUCAUUUAUUUACAAGUCAUACAGUUAAUGGUUAUCACGUUUCUUUAUGGGGUAAGAUUCAUUUUAAAUUGUAUAUACGCAUUAUUGUAAUAUUUAAUGUAUUAAGUCUAGUAUAUUAUGAGACGAAGGCAAUCUUAGAUUAUCUAGGGCUGUUGAUGGAUAUUUCUCCGCUUGGACAAGCGGAGCGAUGUUGUUGUCGAAGGUGGUCAACGUUGGCGCACAGUGUUGUCGACUCGGUUGAUAUCACUUGUGUGGUGGACGGGAGGAGUCAAGUUUAUAAGUGGUGGUUUUAUUUACUCCAAACGUUUUUAGAACUGUUUUUGAUACUUCAAAAAGGCUUAGGCGAGUUGUUUAUUUCUCACUUUUUACUAGUUACAUCCGUGAGUAAUUUUUUGAGUUUAUUAAUUUUUUAUAUGGGUGGAAAUUCUUCUGUUAGUCAUCUUUAUUUGGUUUGGUAUUAUCUUACGAUUAAUGUUGAUGUUUUUAAUACAUUUUCCUAGUUAUGAUAUUAUAGUUCAUUGAUUUGCAUCUUAUAUAAUUUCUAUUGUUAUUUGGAGAUUUUCAUUGUAUUGUUGUGGUGCGAAGUAAUCAAAAGGUGCCUGACUGAAAUUUCAAUUUUUUACAUCACAAACUCAAGCACAUGUUGAUAGUCGAGGUUAUCUGCUAUCGGUCUGUAGGCUAUCAAAUUUCUCCUUUUUGCUUAGCAAGGAAAUUUAAUAAUUGUAGGCACGCUUGUAAAAUAGAUUGGCUUAGUUAUUCUUCUCUCGCUUUGUCUAAUAGUAAUGCACGUGCGGAGGAAUUAUUUGUAUUUUGAACUAUAGGAAAAUCUAUUGGGAUCAAAUUAAUUUUUUUAGUUACUAGUGCAAUGAUGUGUCGGCUGAUUUUAGACUCAAGUUUAUUGUCCUCCCCUGCUAGUUUGCCUUCAGAUUGUUUAGUGAUAGAUUAGCUUAGAUUUAUCUUUAAGAUUGCCCGAGCACAAAUGUUUUCCUAAUGUUUGUAGAAGAGAAACUGUGAUAUAAUUUCUAUUUAAUAUACUUUAAUGUGUUUUCCUAUCGAGUAGAGAGAAAGUUACCAGUUAAAUACUAUUGGCCACCGGACUCCGAGCUAGGUGUCGUGUGACUUAAGAUUGCUAUUGAUGUCACUACGAUUUUUAACACAAAAAUAGUUCUAUUUUUGUACUUUCUUACCAAAUAGAAAAAUCUUAUAAUUUUUAUGUUAUAGAAAAUGUAAUCGUUUUAAUGUAAUUUAGGAUCGGAGAGAGAUAAUUUAUUAGAUUUUAAUAUAUUAAAUGAUUACAAUAAAUGCUGUAAUUUAUAUAAAGCCAGUCUUUUUUAUUUAUCUUUAUUACUUACAUGUGGUCAAAUAGCUGUUGUAUUGGUUCUGUCUUUACCAACACUUUAUGUAAUUGACUAACUGUUAUUAUAUUGGUGUAGUAGAUGAAUAAUAAUUAUUAGUUUUGCAUCAUAA